AUGUGCUGCCGCUAUGCGUGUCUUAAGGCGGCUGCGGCGAAGCGGCGGGCGCGGCAUGCCGAUGGCAGUGCGGACGAUGCGAUCGUGGCGGUGCUUGGCAUGCACUUCUGCGAUCCCAAUCAGCUCAUCGCAACGAAGCAGCGCAACAAGCUGGCUGCUGCCAACAAGGCCCUAUGCUACCUCACGCGCGGAUCGUUCAAAGAGGACCAGCAUACACAGGCUCCUAUGCGUUUGUUUGAGCUUGAGGCUAUUUGUGAGAACUGUUUGGCUUGA